CCUUUUUCUUUAAUCCAUUAUAGAACAAGAUCAGCCAAUUUAUAUCUGGUUUUGAUUAUCAUGAUAAAUUCAUCUUGAUUUUUGUUCUUCCCUAUUGGAAUUGAAAAGAGGAUGGAAACAGUGGCAUCUCCAUCACAUGAUCAAUCAAAGAUUGCAAUGAGAUACCCUCAACCAAAUAUUGGAUAUCAUCAUAAUAAAGGUUAUGCAAAUUCUGUUAAUCCAAAUCCUUAUCCCCAAUCAUUUGAUGAAUACUAUUAUCAGCAAACCUAUAAGCCUUUGGUACCCGAACCGAGUAGGACUACUUCGAUCGGUCAUGCAAUGAUCUACCUGUUGAUUGUUUUAACUUUUGGAAUGUGCAUGUUGAGCAUAGUCAUUUUUCUCCUGUUUGGCACAGACCAGCCAGAUUUCCACAUGGUUUCAUUGACCGUGCCAAAUUUUAACGUAACUAACUCGUCCCUAAUAGCGAGCUGGUACGCGAAUAUUACUGUCAAGAAUCAGAACGAAGCUUUCAAAGUUCAGUUUCAGCAUGUUGUAUCUUCAAUCUUCUAUGAAGAAGAUAUGUUGGCAAUCUCUCUUUUGCAGCCUUUUCAAGUAGAGACAAAACAGACACUUGGUAUGAGUUUCCUUGUGACAACAGAUCCAUCGAAUCAAGAGAAAUUACACGCCAGGGUGUUCCCAAGUAUUGUUCAGGAUCGAAGCACUGGCAUCGUAACUUUCAGCUUGAGACUGUUUUUGAAGGCCCAGUAUAAGUCUAAUACGCUUUGGAAAAAGGCAAGUUUGAAAGUUAUCUGCAAAAAUUUGCAAGUUAGCUUUUCGCCAACUGGUGAAGGAAAAUUGACAGAAGAUUUUCCCAAUGAGUGCAUACUUUUUACGCGAUAGCCUUAUCGAAUGCCAAGAACGAGCUAGGAAACGCAAAAGUUUAAAGCCCUGGAUUCAUAGAAUACUUGGCUUGAUAGUACAGUCAAUUAUCAUUCAUUGAAAAGCAAGCCUUGAAUCUCCAAUUCUCUUCAUCAAUAGGAUAUAAAAAGUGUAUCAACGCGUACUUAUAUUUUGAUGACUUGAAAGAAUGCCUUAAGCUUGAUUGGAAAGGUCUUACAUGUCUACUCAUCAAUAGUUCGCCGUGAUCAGACACGAUUUUGUCUCGAAUCCAGAUGGGUAGUCGGGCCCUAAUGAGUUUAUUUAGUUGAGCUAGUUGCAUGAUUUGUUUACAUUUACAUUGUAUAGUAGCUCAGUAAAUUUGUUAAAUUGUUGAUUUGUGCUAGUCCGAUCUGAUCACACGACCCCACAUCACGAGAAGGAUCCGUAAUCAAGAAUUAUUCAAGUAUGGAUUUCUAGUCAAGGGUGUCAAAUGGAUCGAGUUACCUACGUUCUAGCUGACUUGGCAUGCUUAGGCCUGGCCUCGAGUAGGGCAGGACUUGAAACAGGUUGUGUAGUGGAUGGACAACCUGUUCAGUCAUUAUAUAUAAAGUCACACAUUUGUGCAAUUAAGUGGAUGCUUGAAAUUUGAAGUUUGAUUUUACCAUUUUUUCGAGAUAUUACAA